AUGGAUACCCGAGACGGAGGAAACAGCAACGAGUCUUUCGCGGGCCAACCACGCAGCCUUGACGACUUCACACUCCUGAAACGCAUCGGACGAGGCAACACAGCAGAUGCGCUUUUGGCCGAGACCGUCCUCGACGGGCAGCAUUGCGUGGUGCGGGCUGUUCGCAAGAAAUCCAUCUUUGGCGAGGACGAGGCGGCGCGCGUAUUCGCUCAGAAGGAGAUCCUGUCUCGACCCCAGGUUCUUGAGCACCCUUUCAUCAUUACUCUCCAAUCCACAUUCCAGAACAAGUCACACUUGUUCUUCGUCACAGAAUUCGUGGCAGGAGGUGACCUGAUGUUCCACCUGAGGGAAGGGCGCUUUGAGUUGUCUCGGACCAGUUUCUACGCGGCCGAAGUAUGCCUCGCUCUACAGUUCCUGCACUCUCGAAGCAUUCUCCAUCGAGGAGUCAGCCUCGACAACAUCCUGCUGGCGAGCAACGGCCACAUCAAACUCGUCGGCUUCAGCAACUCGAAGCUGCUGACGCGCCCGCGGACGCGCAGCUUCGCGGGCAGUGCGACCUUCGUCGCUCCCGAGGUACUGCUGGGACACGACUAUGGCUUCUCCGUCGACUGGUGGGCAUUCGGCGUGGUCUUGUACCAGAUGCUCCUGCAUAGGGAACCGUUCUCCGGCGACUCCGAGGACGAGGUCUUGACCGCCAUUUUGGACCGUGUCGCGGACUUUCCUUCGGAUCUACCCUCGCACGCAGAGACUCUGUUGAAGGGCUUGUUUGAGCGCGAUCCUGAUCAACGCUUCUGGGCUUAG